ACCUCAGACUCUUUUCCGGGCCAUCCGAAAGAAGCGAUCCUAAUCGAGAGAGAGAGAGAGAGAGAGAGAGAGGAGGGUAUAAAGGAGAGAUCAAUGGCGACGGCGGAGAAGGGGGUGGUGCUGCUUGACGCGUGGGUGAGUCCGUUCGGGCAGCGAUGCCGGAUCGCGCUGGCGGAGAAGGCGGUGGAGUACGAGUACAGCGAGCAGAAUCUUGCCGACAAGAGCCCGCUGCUGCUGAAGGUGAACCCCAUCCACAAGAAGAUCCCGGUGCUCAUCCACGACGGCAAACCCGUCUGUGAGUCCCUCAUCAUCGUCCAGUACAUCGACGAGGUCUGGACCAAAAACCCCCUCCUCCCCUCCGAUCCCUACGAACGCGCCAAGGCCCGCUUCUGGGCCGACUUCGUCGACAAGAAGGUCUAUGAAUGUGGGACAAAGCUGUGGAAGCUCAAGGGGGAGGCACAACAGGAGGCCAAGAAGGAAAUGAUUGAGAUAUUGAAGCUUUUGGAGGGUGAGCUGGGAGACAAGAAGUACUUUGGGGGAGAGAUUUUUGGCUUUGUGGAUGUAGCAUUGGUGCCCUUCACAGCCUGGUUCUACGCCUACGAGACCUGCGCCAACUUCAGCGUUGAGGCGGAGUGCCCUAAGCUGGUGGCCUGGAGCAAGGGGUGCAUGGAGAGGGAGAGCGUGGCCAAGUCCCUUCAUGAUCCCCAUAAGGUCUACGAGUUCGUAUGCUUCCUCAAGAAGAAGUUUGGAAUGGAGUAAAAGAAGGAAAAAAAAAAAAAACAAAGAAGAAGAAGAAAAACAUGGUAUAUGGAGGGAAGAGGAGAUGAAAGAGUCCAUGGUUUCAGCAGGAGCUCGUGUUUGCUUUGUGUGUGUGGUUUUUUUUUCCUUCUUUUGGGAUGUAGUAUGUGUUUGGAGGCUGGACGUGGGCAAUCCCUGUUGCCUCUGUCCACCGACUGUCCUGUUUUUUUUUUCCCUCCUUUUGAGAUGUAGUAUGUGUUUGGAGGCUGGACGUGGGCAAUCCCUGUUGCCUCUGUCCACCGACCGUCCUGUGGUCCUUCGCUUCUGAAUAAAGCACUCUGUUACACUGUUAUGUUUCAAUUUAA